AUGGCCAGAUCAAAUGUCGUCCAAUCCUCUCAUCGCAAUCCUGUCCAUGAUUCAAAGAAACUGUUCUACACGCAAACACAACGAGCACUGUCAGAAAAGUCCGCAUGCGCCUUUCCACCGAGUCUUGACAUCACAUGGCUAAAGAUGUCUGGCAGACCCCGGGUGUGGCGCAAGACUUGCAUGCAACGUAUGCGGGACCGGGAGCCCCAACCCUAUCUCAAGCCUGACGAUCUGGAAGCGCCGCGAAUGAGUAGUGAUCGGGGAAAUCCCGUUCACUCUAGCGACCCUAGUCCGAAACGGAAGUUGUGUGCUUUCAUCAAAGACGAAGAGUUGGAGUCGAUGCGAGAAGUACGGGCAGAUACGCUACACAGCAGUGAACUCCCGGAUGAUGUAGAUACUUUGAGCCCAGUAGUAUUGGAUGAAUUGAUGACGGAUGCACAGACUCUUGAGCCCGCUUGGGCUGGGAACUACGCGAGAACCAAGACCGGCAUGUGGAUGGGGAAAGAAUGCCGAAAAUCCAUAUCCGUCUCUGCAACCUUCAUCAUUGCGUAG